CCCGGCCCGGGCUCCCCCCCCACCCCGCCCCGGGCUCCCCACCCCAGGCCGUCCCUCCGGGACCCGCCGCCCGGGCCCUGCCUCGGCCCCGCGUGGAGCAGCCGCGGCGUGUGAGGGUCAAUGCUUGUGAUUCUCAAUGGAGAGUGAGAGCACAGCUUCAUGAUGAGAACCAGCCCCCGUCGGCCACUGAUUCUCAAAAGACGGAGGCUGCCCCUUCCUGUUCAAAAUGCCCCAGGUGAAACAUCAGAGGAAGAAGCAAAGAGACUCCCUGCCCAGCAGGAGCCUACUCAAGCACAGGCCUUCCAGGAGGUGGCAGAGUCCAGUUCUUGCAAGUUUCCAGCUGGAAUUAAGAUUAUCAAUCACCCCACCAUGCCCAACACACAAGUGGUGGCCAUCCCCAACAAUGCCGAUAUCCAGAGCAUCAUCACAGCACUAACUGCCAAAGGGAAAGAGAGUGGUAGCAGUGGACCCAACAAGUUCAUCCUCAUCAGCUCUGGGGGAACCUCAUCUCAUCCUCCUGGUCCCCAGCCUCAAGCCCAAACCAGCAAUGAUUCCAGGAAGACAGAAGUGAUCACCGAGACGUUGGGACCAAAGCCAGCAGCUAAGGGUGUGCCUGUUCCCAAGCCGCCUGGAGCCCUUCCAAGGCAAAGACAGGAAAGCUGUGCUGGCAGCGAAGCAGCAGGCUGCACGCUGGACAACAGCUUAACCAAUAUCCAGUGGCUUGGGAAGAUGAGUUCUGAUGGACUGGGCCCCUGCAGCAUCAAACAGGAGAUGGAAGAGAAGGAGAAUUGUCACCUGGAGCAGAGUCAGGUCAAGGCUGAGGAGCCCUCGGGAGCAUCCACAUCUUGGCAGGACUCUGUGUCGGAGAGGCCACCCUACUCUUACAUGGCCAUGAUACAAUUUGCCAUCAACAGCACUGAGAGAAAGCGUAUGACCUUGAAGGAUAUCUACACUUGGAUCGAGGACCACUUCCCCUACUUUAAGCAUAUUGCCAAGCCAGGCUGGAAGAACUCUAUCCGUCACAACCUUUCCCUCCACGACAUGUUUGUUCGGGAGACAUCUGCCAAUGGCAAGGUCUCUUUCUGGACCAUUCACCCAAGUGCCAAUCGCUACUUGACGUUGGACCAAGUGUUUAAGCCACUGGAACCAGGGUCUCCACAAUCGCCCGAAAACUUGGAAUCACAGCAGCAGAAACGACCCAAUCCUGAGCUCCGUAGAAAUGUGACCAUCAAAACUGAACUCCCGCUGGGCGCACGGCGAAAGAUGAAGCCACUGCUCCCACGGGUCAGCUCGUACCUGGUGCCCAUCCAGUUCCCAGUGAACCAGUCUCUGGUGUUACAGCCCUCAGUCAAGGUGCCGUUGCCUCUGGCAGCUUCCCUUAUGAGCUCGGAGCUCGCCCGUCAUAGCAAGCGAGUCCGAAUUGCACCCAAGGUACUGCUAGGCAACGAAGGGAUGGCCCCACUUCCUGCUGCGGGACCGGUGAAGGAGGAGAAACCCCUGCUUGAAGAAGGGCUACUGCCUUUGCUUCCUAUUCGGUCCAUCAAGGAGGAAGAAACCCUGCCUGGGGAGGACUCGCCACACUUAGAGAGGCCUAUCAAAGUGGAGGAGAGCCCUCCCUUGGAAGAGUGGCCCUCUCCAUGUGCAUCGCUGAAGGAGGCACUGUCCAAUUCCUGGGAAGAUUCUCCCUGCUCUCCUACCCCAAAGCCCAAGAAGUCCUAUUGUGGGCUCAGAUCCCCAGCCCGGUGUGUCUCAGAAAUGCUGGUGACUAAGCGAAGAGAGAAGAGGGAGGUGAGCCGGUCUCGGAGGAAACAGCACCUUCGCCCACCCUGUCUGGAUGAGCCUGAACUGCUCUUCUCAGAGGACCCCAGCACAUUACAACCAGCCAUGGAGCCCCUACUCCUAGCAGAGUCUUCAGAGCCUGCACCCCAGCUCAGCUGCCCUCAGGAGGAGGGAGGGCCCUUCAAGACCCCUGUCAAGGAGACGUUGCCCAUCUCUUCCACUCCUAGCAAGUCUGUACUCUCCAGAACCCCUGAGUCCUGGAGGCUCACACCCCCAGCCAAAGUUGGAGGGUUAGAUUUCAGCCCAGUACGAACCCCCCAGGGCGCCUUUGGCCCCUUGCCUGACUCCCUGGGGCUGAUGGAGCUGAACACCACACCUCUGAAAAGUGUUCCCCUUUUUGACUCACCCCGAGAGCUCCUCAACUCAGAACCCUUUGACCUUGCCUCUGACCCCUUUAGCAGCUCUCCGCCUCCACAUCUGGAGGUCCCCAAGCCAGGCUCCCCUGAGCCACAGGUCCCCAGCCUUUCAGCCAACCGUUCUGUCACAGAAGGCCUGGUCUUGGACACAAUGAAUGACAGUCUCAGCAAGAUCCUUCUAGACAUCAGCUUCCCUGGCCUGGAGGAGGAUCCUCUAGGCCCUGACAACAUCAACUGGUCUCAGUUCAUCCCUGAGCUGCGGUAGAAGCAAGGCCUUGCCCUUGCCACUCAAGCUGCCCACUUGUGUGGCUGGAGAGUGCAAGGCUCAGUGUACCCCGAGCCCUCUGAGGGAAGCUAGCAGGCAAGGGCUGAGCUGUGCCCCUUACCUAAUUAUGCCAAGACAGUAGUCACAUCUAAGCCACUGCUGGGACCUGUGCAUGCAGUAGGGUCUCCCAGAGAGUCUGAGUCUUCCACUCUCUCUGCUGGUCACCGAAGGGUGGGUGUGACAAAAGCAGUGAUGGUCAGGAAGUGCCCAGUAGUCAUCUGCUGCUCCUGGCAGGAGAGCCCUGGCAAAUGGUGUAAGUUCCCCAGAUGGUCCUCUAAUUAUAAAUGUAAGCUUAUUUCCUUAGCUCUUCUCUAGAGACUGCCAGGGGUGGGGAGGGUAACACGGGGUUACACUUUGCUUCUGCUUGUGGCCUUUGGGGAAAGGACCUGCGGUGCAGUUUCUUCCACACUUGUGGGUUCUGCUGGAGGCAUUUAGACAUACAGGUUGGCUUGCCAGGAUCCCGCUUACUGCCCUUUCCUGACACCCCCAUGUUUCCAAGCCAGUGGUCCUGCAAGAAGAAAUCCUGGUGUAAAAGCCUGUUGGAUUUGGGUGUAGGGGGGUGGGUGUGCCUGAAGCAAAGCGUGGGUACUCACGUGAGUCCUGUUGGUGUUUGUUUCUCUGAUAGUGUUCCUAAUCAUGCCAGAGAGUCUAGCAUUGAGAGCUCAGGCUGAGGCCUGAGACGGAAGAAGUGACCCCUGACCUGCCUGGCUUCCUUAGCUUGUACCUGAGGUUUGCAAAGAGCCACCCUAGGCUCCAAUACACAAGCUAGCACGAAAACACUACUGUAACUACCUACUGAAUAAAACCCAGGGUGGCACUGCU